AUGAUGGCGGCGAAGGUCGCACUCUGGCGCGAGGUCGAAGCAGGGACGCGGUAUACCGCCACAACGGCGGUGAACCGGUACCCGCAGCUGAAGGAGCCUUUGAUGCGAGACCUGCCGAGCAAGAUCGCCGUGAAGCCGAAGAGCGGCCCCGGUCCUGGUGGCCGCGCCCGCGACGUCAAGACCUACCUCGCCUCAGACGUCGACGACCUCGUCGCGCGGCUCGCCGUGCCGGACCCGGAACCGGUCGACCCGCGCUGGCGCGAGGUCGAGACGGGUGCGCGUUACACGCAGACGACGGCGAUUGCGCGGUAUCCGCGGUUGAAUACGAUGUCGUUCAAGGACCUGUCGAGCGAGAUCGCCGUGAAGCCGAAGACCGACAAUCAAGGCUCCCGCGACGUCAAGACCUACCUCGCCGCCGACGUCGACGCGCUCGUCGCGCGCCUCGCCGCGCCGGAGCCCGAACCCGUGGACCCGCGCUGGCGCGAGGUCGAAGCAGGGACGCGGUUCACGGCGACGACGGCGAUGGAGAAGUAUGCGAAUUUGAACACGAAGUCGUUCAAGGGCCUCCCGAGCAGAAUUGCGCGGCAACCGAAGAUCAGCAAUCAUCCUGGUGACCACGCCCGCGACGUCAAGACCUACCUCGCCGCCGACGUCGACGCGCUCGCCGCGCGCCUCGCCGCGCCGGAGCCCGAACCCGUGGACCCGCGCUGGCGCGAGGUCGAAGCGGGGACGCGGUUCACGGCGAAGACGGCGAUGGAGCGGUACCCGCAGCUGAAGAAGCAUUCGAUCCACAGCCUGCCGAGCAAGAUCGCCCGGAAGCCGAACAUCGGCAAAUCCAAGCCGCGCGACACGUCGCGAGACGUCAAAACCUACCUCGCCGCCGACGUCGACGACCUCGUCGCGCGGCUCGCCGCGCCGGAGCCCGAACCGGUCGACCCGCGCUGGCGCAAG